AUGGUGAAAACUAGAGGAAGUGGCUCUCGGUCUGUCAAGGAAGUGGCUGGCUCGUUGACUGCUUCUCCAUCUCUCACCAAGAAAAAGGCUCGAAAGAGUACCUUGUCUCAACCUAGCCUCAUUGAUGGUUCCAUCACCACGAGCAAAGCCGUGGUAUUUCCUGACCUAGAAGCCCUCAAAGUUUCGUCCGGACCUCCUUCAUCGGUGGCUCCGCUCGCCUCUGUCCUUGGGUCCUCCAAAAAGGGCCGAGCAUCCCUCUCAGAUGAUGUCUCUGAUCAUGACGGUGAUUCGGCCAAAACCCAUUCUGACUCCUCAGAAUCCCAUGAUGUUCUUGCACCCAAGAAAAAUAGCAAAGGAUGGUUCCAAGUCUCAUUUUCUCAAAAAUCACCUCGGUCCAAAGGGUCUAAUCCUUCAGAUUCCACUCCAAAGGCCUCGUCUCUCGUGGGUUCCACUCCACGUUCUAAGUUUCGGUCGAAGGUAAAGAAGAUUCCUCCUCCCUGUUCCUCUUCUGAAUCUGAUCCAUCUGUAGAUUGUGUUCCCUCAGAUGAUGAUCCCCUUGAAGAAGAUCCCUCUCUUGAUGAUGAUGUUGCAUCUGAAGCCGAGUCUGACCCAUUAGAGGACCUUCCUAUUUCUCCAAAGGGCAAGAAAUUUGUGAAAAUUCUCGAGAUUCACACUAAGUCACCAGUGGGUCCAAAAGUCUCUCCAGGUUCAUCUUUUAAAGCUCACUCUUUGAAUUUCUGUUUCAAUGACAAUGAGAAAAAUAUGAAGCAUUAUGUGCAUCGUGAUUUUAUGUGUGAGAAUUUUUUUUCUUUUUCUGCCCAUAGAGUGUUUGGGGUCAUUAAGAAUAUUGAGGAUCGAGGCAAGUCUUUUAUGUUUGGUCAAGUUUAUGUUCGGGGGCAUUGGUAUUUGUUUAGUGCUGCUGAAAUUGCCAAGGUUCUCAAUUUGCCUCCUACUAUUGACAAUGUUGUUGUGGAAUUCAACAAAGGCACGGUUUUAUUUGAAUUGGUGGGACAGAAUAUUGUUUGGGAACCACACUCGGUACUCAAAUUGACUGAUCUUACUCAUUACUAUGCUGUGCUUCACAAAAUUGCCACCAACAAUUGGAUUCCCACCACUCAUACCUCCACCAUUACUUUUGACACGACCUUCUUUCUGUACAAAGUUGAGACUGGUCUCCAAGUUGAUCUUGCAACUCUCAUUUUUUAUCAGAUCACUGCCUUAGGAAAAGCCAAAAAGAAAGACUACAAACUCAAGAAGGAACCCUCAUCAGUCAAGGCAACUAAAGGGAUUGCUCUCAAGGCUGGCGAUGCUGAUUCUAUCAUUACUGAACUCGCUGGUGUCAAGGCCACUCUGGAAUCUGUUCAGACAGAAACAACAAGGGGGAGUAAGAAGGUUCAUUUUGAUCAGGAUCUUUCAAAAUAA